CUAGGUUGCUCUGUGUUGUGUUGCCAUAGCAACGUGUUAUUACCAUGGUUACCAAAUCAACAACGUCAACCAUUUUGAAUUUACAGCCUUUCUACACGCAUACAACACAUUUCUACAAGUUUUACAUCGAAUCAUGACUGAAAGAUUGAUAAUAGACCAGUCAACAUUGGUGAAAUACGAUAACCCAUUACUAGUGACCAAACACGAUGACAAUUCAAAAGAGGUUGAUAUACAAACCUGCAAGACCAAAGGUGUCGCCGAUCCAAAACACGAAAUCGAAGAAGUAUUGAAUUCCAUCCUGCCGCCGAAGGAAUGGGAAGAAGAGGGUCAACUCUGGCGUCAGCACGUCUCGACCACACCGGCAACACGUCAGGACGUGGUGAAUCUUCAGGAGCAACUGGAUAUGCGACUGCAGCAGCGUCAAGCACGCGAGACCGGUAUCUGUCCAAUCAGACGCGAGCUCUACACGCAGUGUUUCAACGAGGUGAUAAGACAAGUGACGAUCAACUGCGCUGAACGCGGAUUGUUGCUUCUGCGCAUCCGUGACGAGAUGCGAAUGACAAUCGAAGCGUUUCAAGCAUUGUAUUGCAGCAGCAUUGCGUUCGGCAUGCGCAAAGCGCUGCAAUCCGAACAGGGAAAAACCGACUUACAGAAGGACGUUGAUGAAUUGAAGGAGGAACGUACGGAUUUAGAACGACAACUUGCUGAUCUGAGACAGCGUGCUGAGCAGGCCGAUCGUCGCGCCGCCGAGUUACGACUCGCCGAAGAGAAGAAACACGCUGAAGAGAUUUCAUUUCUUAAAAAAACCAAUCAACAAUUAAAAGCGCAGCUAGAAGGCAUCAUCGCACCGAAAAGCAACAAAUAGCACCGGUAUUGUAUUAAAUAUUUAUUUGUAGCACAAUAUAAUGUAAUAAACGUCCUAAUAAUUCA